GCAGCGGACAGUUAUCGUUGAGUAUUAUUAAGAUACAGUAAUAUUCGUGUUUAUGCGCGCAUAUUUCUGAAUUGCACAACAAACAAUACGCUUUGUUUUCUAGAGAAAUAAGCAUAUCGAAUAAUAUUAUGCUGUAAAGGAAUAUGCGUGAGUUGAAAUGUUGUUGGAAAUAAGAAAAUAACAAUGGAUUGGUGUAAUAAUCACUAGGACCCUUCAGAGAACACGAGCUCGGGAUUGACAGUUUUAGAGUAUAGUGACAAGGAAGGGGUGAUUUUGACAAUGACUUACUUUUUCGGACAUUCAAGUGAACAAUAUCAUCAUAUACAAAGUGUAACUAAGCUGAGCCGGUUAUUAAUAAACCACUUAAAAAUGAAUGAUACAGGAUGUAUACAUUUAAACAAUUUUAAAGCUGCGAAAGGCACAAGUCCAUAUCGGAUUGUGCAUGCAUUUUUUGUUUCGUGCACAUCCUUCGAAGCUAGAAGAUACAAGGCUACAUCAUGUUUGUGUUUUGCAUGUGGUCAGCCAGGACCAAGGAUGCAUUCCUGUCUUCACUGCAUAUACUUUGCCUGUUAUGCCGGUCACAUGCAAGAGCACUCUAAAAUCAAAAAACAUUUUCUUUAUGUGGACUUGAGUUAUGGAAACGUCUUUUGUGCACAAUGCCAAGACUAUAUUUAUGAUAGAGAACUCACUGAAAUUGCUACAACACAUAGAUUGAAAGAAGCAAAGGCUCUGGGUAUGAGUGUACCCUUCACUCCCUGGAUACCUAACAACAAUGAGGCAAUGGCUCUCCGUCGCUUACGGAAGAGGCGUAUGAUCGGCCCGCAUACCACUAUCGGCUUACGAGGUCUACAGAAUCUUGGCUCCACCUGCUUCAUGAAUUGCAUUGUUCAGACGUUAAUCCACACACCCCUGCUAAGAGAUUACUUCCUCGGCGAGAAACACAAGUGUAAAGCGCAAAGUUCCGGGAAAUGCCUCGUGUGCGAGGUAUCGAAGCUGUUCCAGGAAUUCUAUUCUGGCGCCAAAACGCCUCUCACCCUACACCGUUUGUUACAUCUAAUAUGGACUCACGCGCGCCACCUGGCGGGCUACGAGCAACAGGAUGCGCACGAAUUCUUCAUUGCCACACUUGAUGUGCUUCACAGGCAUUGCAUGAACGGAGUAGAAGAUAACGGAGAGAAGAAGGAAAACGGCCGUUGCAACUGUAUAAUCGAUCAAAUAUUCACAGGCGGGCUACAGAGUGACGUUGUAUGCACUUCAUGUUCCGGGGUUUCCACGACCAUAGACCCCUUCUGGGAUAUAAGUCUCGAUGUAGCUGGACCUUCUGGCUCUCUACAGGGUUGUCUCGAACGCUUCACCCGCGCGGAACAUUUGGGUUCAGCCGCAAAAAUCAAAUGUUCAAACUGCAGAGCGUAUCGGGAAUCCACCAAACAACUCACCCUAGAAACUUUGCCGAUAGUCGCCAGCUUUCAUUUGAAAAGAUUCGAGCAUUCGUCGCAAAUUGACAGGAAGAUAUCUACAUUUGUCUCGUUUCCUGAUGUUUUGGAUAUGACUCCGUUUAUGUCGUCACAUCGUAGGGCGGUGGAUGCGGCUGAUAAUAAUAAUGCUCCAGAUGGGAUUUUCGAAGAUAAUAGAUAUUCUUUGUUCGCUGUGGUGAAUCACUUGGGGUCUUUGGACGCGGGACAUUAUACUGCCUAUGUGAGGCAGAUGCAAGGAAGUUGGUAUAAAUGCGAUGAUCACAUGAUUACUAGCGCCUCGCUGAAGGAAGUGCUGGAUAGUGAAGGGUACCUCCUCUUCUAUCACAAAACAGUUCUGGAGUAUGAUUGCGACGUUCCAUAAAUUGUAGGUAUGAAAUAAAUUACAUGCUCUUAUGUGUUAUAUCAUAAGUCUCAAACGUCUUACAUACUUGGCUGUUUUUCCACUAUAUUUUUAGCACUAAAUGGAUCCACUUCAAAAUGUCUUGAUUUCUCAUAUCGAAGACGAAAUAAUGAUUGUAUUGUACGAUCGGUAUAAAGCUUAUUGUAUUCAAUUCUAGAUCAAAAUAGGUAUAUUCAAAAACCAUUUUAGUAGAACAGACAAAUAAACGAACGUGAUGUUUUUCUUUUCAAGACGCGUUAUUAGAACGUAGGAAAUUGUCUUAGACCAUGCUUUAUAUUUAUGUUUAGCGCGAAUCAAUCACGAAUUUGUUAGUUUAUAAGCUUUAAUGUGUGUAUUCACAAAAUAAAUUGUUAUAUGGACUGAAGAAUUCUCAACUAAUAUAUUAGUUAUGUAUCGCUUUAUUGAGCUAGGACGUACUAGUAAUUAUUUGCAAGUAAAUCUGUUAUCUGUGAUAAGAUUUCUUAUGAUUUAUAAUUUAAAUUUCUUAACGUAUUCAGUAUUUAUAACAAAACAGUUUCUUAUUCCGUAGUUGUUUCCCAAUUACUUAUUUUAAAAGAUUAGAAUUAUAAUAAUACCAAAUUGGUUUUAAGAAUCAAGAAACAUAAUAAUUAUGUGCUAAAAGCUCAUUUGUAUCAUGUAUUAUGACUAUUAUCCAGAAAUCUAUGUACCUUUAUAUUUUGUUAAUGACAUAGUCUUAUAGAAAGAAAUCUUAUCACUAAUCAAUUUCAUAGAAAAAGACACCGUAUUAUAAUUAAAAUAAGUGAUUAUGAGUAUUUUAAAUAGACAUUGAACAAAUGGUCAAUCUACCUCGCUGUCCAUUGUUUGCAUUUGUUUCCAAUUCCUUCGAAAAUUUAUUAGCGCUUUUGUGUUCAUAAAAAGGCUUCUUUGUACAUUGUUUAAAAUUAUGCCUGUAUAAUCGCUUAUUUGUGUGUAGUUUGUAACUGACUGAACUGACAUUAGUUUAAUGUGAUAUUUAAUAUUUAUGAUGUGUAUUUAGUAGGUAGUUGUAUCAAAUCGUUUUCCUAAUAGCGCUUAUGACAUAGCUUUGAGACAGGCUGACUGUUUUUAUGUAUUCAUUCAACUUAGCUUCUUGAGUUGAACAUUAAUUUCAAAUAUAAGGCACUUUCUCCCCAAUCAAUGGGUUGUUUUUCAGCAUUUUAGUUAAAUAUGUAAAUAACUCAGGCCCCGGAAUCACAGACACAAUAGAAUAUUGUGUCGUGGACCGAUCGGGCCGCUCGGGGCUCAAUGGGUCAAUAAUAAUGGAACUAUAAAUUAUGACGCUCUUAACUCUUUUAGUAUUAAUCAUUCGCUGAUUAUCCAUAUUGACUCAAAUCAUUGUAGUCAAUCCUAAAUCUGAAUCGUUAUUUGCAAUGAGCACGGAUGUAUUUUAUCAAGGAAUAAUGCAAAACGCUUAAAGACACAUUCAAAAAAAUUUUUGCUUCUAGCAUCAUCAUAUAAAAUAUCUGUCUGUAAUUUUCCAAUUUUCCACUUGUUUUUCCUUUGGGAAUUAGAAAAAAUUGAACUAUUAAGUAUGUAGUUAGUUAACCUCUGCAUUUAAUAAUAUAGUUAUUUCAAGUAAAAUAAAAUACAAAUUACAUAAUUUGCGUUCAAAAGAAUUGUAUCGUGUAUAGAUAUUUCUGUAAAAAUGUAAUCAAAUUGUAAACAAAAUUGUAAAUUUCGAUAUUCAUUGUAAUGUGUAAUCAAUUUAUCAAUACAGGUAUUAUAGUAAUUAAAUAUUCAUGUUGUAAUGUUAAGCGAUUGGUAUAAAUCAUUGGUGUAUUAUUUAUUUAAUAUUAUUUCUAUUGGUGUUAAAAUUAUCGACCAUUGUAUGUUAGGAUACAUUGUCAUGCAAACACUAUUGUCAGUAUAUUUAUUAUAUCAGUAAUCAGAUGUAGCUUACGUUAAUGUUUCCAUUCAUUUUUAUUUUUUGAAGUUAUACUUCUUUUGGCGCGAUGGUGAAAAAUGCUGAGAGUGAAUUUUUACAAUGCGCGCGCACACCGACACCUAAAUUUAACAGC